UCUGCAUCUGCAAAACUACUCGUCCCUCCCUCACUGAGAGCAAAACACUCAACUAGAUCUCGACUCUUCGCUGUCCUUGCGCCGAAAUGGUCGUCAUUUGUUUGACGUCAUUUCCAGACGGCCUUAAAGUGGUUAGGCGUAGAUCCGCACUCCAAAUGGUGCAAAAGGCUCCCUCUAAUCCUCUUUUUGUGUAUCAGUGGUGGAUCCCGAUCGAUGAUGCUCGGAGGCUGAGCCAGGCUGGUGAAGCACGGGUUUCUCCUCAUGCAGACAAAGAACUGUUUCAAGUUCCCGGCUCCUAUCCCCAUGUCUCACUGUCUAAAGGACGCCUUGACCAAUGGAGGGAUUUGGGACCAUUUGUGGCUCAGUGUGAAUCUGUCACUGACUGGGAGGAGACAAUCGAUCCGCUCGUUCGGCGGAGCGCAGGGUUUCACAGAACUCACUGUGUACAUUGUUGCGUAUUUCUCCGCAAAACUCGACCCUGUCGCUGCAGGACUGCCACAAUGUUUGCGCGCUGUGGCAGCGGCUGAAAAGGCGCUCACUGCCUCACGUGACAUAGUGGGUUACGCACCACUCACUCUGCUCGUUCCGCACGCGGUUUCUUUGAUUCUCCUCGAACAGAAAUCAUCUCACCUCUCUGCGGCUCGCUAUUUGCGUUACCACACGUGUCUCCUGGACAUGCCGAAUGUCACUAUAAACGUUUUACUAACCUUAACCCUGCAUCAUUACUUCCUAUUCCUGGGGAUGGGGAGGACCACAACUGUUUGGCUCCAAGCUCAGUGGACUCCUCGCCCUGACCUAGUGGACACUCCACUAACUAACAGCGACAUGGUAAUGUAUGUGGAUGGAUCCGCCUCCCGCGAUCCUCAGUCUGGUGAAAAUCGUGUUGGUUUUGCUGUUGUUUCUGACUCUGGUGUGCUGUGUUCAGGUCCUCUGCCAUGUCACCUCUCAGCCCAGGCAGCCGAGCUCAUCGCUCUGACCGAGGCCUGUAAACUGGCUAAGGGUAAAACAGUCACAGUUCACACUGACUCUCGCUAUGCGUUUGGUGUAGUACAUGAUUUUGUGGUGCUGUGGAAACACAGGAACUUCCUUAAAUCGGAUGGUAAGCCCAUCCUACACCACACUCUCAUUGCUGAACUGUUGGAAUCCAUCUUGCUACCCACAGGUAUUGCUGUCUGUAAAUGUGCAGCCCACACGUCCAAUACGGAUGAUGUAUAUAUGAUGCUCGAGCAGACUCGGCUGCAAAAGCUGCUGCUCUGCUUCCGCUUCCCACUACCUGUGCUCUCAUGUGCUCUGAGGAGUCAGUUCCCUCCUCUCUUACAGCGAUGCAGUCACUCUCUACCCCUGAUGAAAGACGGCUUUGGUCCACAUCUGGCUGUGUUUACACCAACGGUCUCCGGACUGGACCCGACGGCAAGUCGUGUUUACCUAAACACUAUUUUGCUCAUUAUGCUAAGUUGACUCAUGGGUUAGACCAUGUGUCAAAAGGGGGAAUGUUACGUGCACUUAAUGAGACGUGGUUUACAAAAGGGUUCACAGCAUAUGCACAAAAAUUUUGUUCUGCAUGUGUCACCUGUUCUACUCACAAUGUAGGCGGGCCCGUGGGCGUGUCCAGCCAGGCUGCACACCCACCACCAACCCGGCCGUUUGAGCACAUUAUGAUGGAUUUUGUGGAGUUGUCUUCAUCUGAAGGUAAGAAACACUGUCCAGUGAUGGUGGACAUGUUUUCCAAGUGGGUUGAAGUUUUUCCAUCAAGCAAACAAACCACUACAACAGUAGCCAAGGCCCUAAUUUCUGAAAUCAUUCCUCGAUGGGGCAUUCCUUCUAAAAUAUCAAGUGACAAUGGUUCUCAUUUUGUCAACCAGGCCAUUACAGAAUUAGGCGCAUACCUGGGUAUUGAUUUAAAAACACACUGUGCAUACCAUCCAGCCAGUGGAGGGGCUGUGGAACGAGAAAAUGGCACACUCAAAACCAAAUUGACAAAAUGCUGUGCAGACACAGGUCUGCCCUGGACAAAAGCCCUGCCUCUAGUGUUGAUCUACAUGCGCAUGAGAAAACGAACACGAAGCUACCUGAGUCCCUUUGAGAUAUUGUUUGGUUUUCCUCCUCACGUAGGAACCGAGGCACCGACGGCACCACUCCCUUCAACCGCAUUAUGCGAACAUGAAAUGUUAAAAUAUUGUGCACAACUCUCUUCUGCUCUGUCUAACAUACGACAACAGGUUGCAGCCGCCCUCCCAAAACCAGCUGAAGGACCACUCCACAAGCUGAAACCUGGUGACUUUGUGGUGGUGAAGGACUUCAGGAGAAAAAAACUGAAAAGCACGACGCUGGCAGGGACCAUUCCAGAUUC